AUGAUGGAAGAACUGCACAGCCUGGACCCCCGGAGACAGGAGCUGUUGGAGGCACGCUUUACUGGGGUUGGAGUGAGUAAGGGCUCAGGUCAGAGUCAGAAUGAGUCAUCCAAUCAGAGUCUGUGCAGUUUGGGUUCACUUAGUGACAAAGAGCUGGAGACACCAGAGAAAAAAGCAAACGAGCAGAGAGUUAGAAAACGUAAAGCAGACUACUUUGACAGCAGUCAAGGCAAAGCAGGAGCAAGGGGGCUUAAAAUUAGCGAUUAUUUUGAGUUUGCGGGAGUUAGCGGUCCUGGUACCAGCCCUGCUAGGGGAAUUCCCCCAGUGGUACGCUCUUCCCCACAACACUCCCUAUCCAACCCUCCCGUCACGGUGCAGCAAGGAAGCCCUUCAUCCAUCAGCUCGGUCAAUGCAGAGCUCUCCACGUGUGCAAUGAAGCCUGUCGUUCUUCACAUGCUCCACAAAGCUACGCAGUCCGACCUUACAUUAGAGAAACUAACAGCACUGGAGAACAGCAAGAACUCCGACCUGGAGAAGAAGGAGGGCCGAAUAGACGAUUUGCUGCGGACAAACUGUGAUCUCAGAAGGCAAAUUGAUGAGCAGCAGAGGAUGCUGGAACGAUACAAAGAACGCCUUAAUAAGUGUGUGACAAUGUCCAAGAAGCUGCUAAUCGAAAAAUCCAAGCAGGAGAAAAUGGCCUGCCGGGAUAAAAGUAUGCAGGAUCGGCUUCGACUGGGCCAUUUCACUACAGUGAGACAUGGAGCAUCCUUCACUGAGCAGUGGACAGAUGGUUAUGCGUUCCAAAACCUUACAAAACAACAAGAGAGGAUUAACUCUCAGCGGGAAGACAUCGAGAGGCAGAGAAAGCAGCUAGCCAAACGCAAGCCGCCCUCCAUGGCCCAGACGCCGCCUCCCAGCCUGGAGCAGAACAAACGCAAAAGCAAGACCAACGGGGCAGAAAGCGAAACGUUAUCGCAAGCGGAGUACCAUGAGCAGGAAGAAAUUUUUAAACUCAGAUUAGGAUAUCUUAAAAAGGAGGAAGCUGAGAUCCAGGCGGAGCUGGAAAGGUUGGAGCGAGUGAGAAACCUUCAUAUACGGGAGCUGAAAAGGAUUCACAAUGAAGACAAUUCCCAAUUCAAAGAUCACCCUACACUAAAUGACAGAUACCUGCUACUCCAUUUGCUUGGGCGAGGAGGUUUCAGUGAAGUUUACAAGGCCUUUGAUUUAACGGAGCAAAGGUACGUGGCCGUUAAAAUCCACCAGUUAAACAAGAACUGGAGGGAUGAGAAGAAGGAGAAUUAUCACAAACACGCCUGCCGAGAAUAUAGAAUCCAUAAAGAGUUGGAUCACCCACGGAUAGUUAAACUCUAUGACUACUUUUCACUUGACACUGACUCGUUUUGCACAGUGCUGGAGUACUGUGAAGGUAACGACUUGGACUUCUACCUGAAGCAGCACAAGCUUAUGUCGGAGAAGGAGGGCCGCUCCAUCAUCAUGCAGAUCGUCAACGCCCUCAAGUACCUCAAUGAAAUCAGACCGCCUAUUAUCCACUACGACCUUAAACCCGGUAAUAUCCUGCUUGUGAACGGCACUGCCUGUGGUGAGAUUAAGAUCACAGAUUUUGGCCUGUCCAAGAUAAUGGAUGACGACAGCUACAACCCAGUGGAUGGGAUGGAGCUGACUUCACAGGGAGCGGGGACAUACUGGUACCUGCCUCCUGAGUGUUUUGUGGUUGGCAAGGAGCCGCCAAAAAUCUCCAACAAGGUUGAUGUUUGGUCUGUGGGUGUCAUUUUCUACCAGUGUUUAUAUGGCCGCAAGCCUUUUGGUCAUAACCAGUCUCAGCAGGAUAUCCUGCAGGAGAACACGAUCCUGAAGGCUACUGAAGUUCAGUUCCCCCCAAAACCUGUAGUCUCCCCUGAAGCAAAGGCCUUUAUAAGGCGCUGUCUAGUCUACCGAAAGGAGGACCGCAUCGAUGUUCACCAGCUGGCCAGUGAUCCCUUCCUAAUGCCCCACAUCCGCAAAUCAGUGGCUUCCUCAGGCACCUCCGGCACGGCCGUGGCGUCUACGUCCAACUCCUCUAACAACAGCUCCUCAAACUGAGCUCAUGCCUCUUAAAUGACUGACUGGAUCAUCUGAUGGGACUGGGAGGCCUCCCCUGUCCGAUCUCGCCUGCCCAUGGAGAGUUGAAGGGAAACUGUUCAGCUGACGGCGUGGGGUGGGUGAGAAGUCAUGGAGCGGUUGGGAAUGGAAACGUUGGCUCUCCCCCACAGCCCUCUGGUGUCCAUCCACCCCUGCCCACCUGCCUUGAUGCUCAGAGGGCCGACAUUGUUCUGGGGGUCAAAGCCCUGGAUGACUCACACAGCAAAGGGAUGAGCUUCGGCACUGUGUUGGUUGGGUUUGGUGUUUCCAGUGUUUCUUUUCAGCUUAAAAAGAGGGG